AUGGCAUCCUUUAGCGUGACACAGUCGUGUUCUGUUUUACUGACGGCAAGCAUUAUCUUGAUUUUCUUCAGCAGCCAGGCGGGCGGCAACGAUUCACACUACCUGGGUGAUAAUGCGAAAGAGACAACACCGUCUUCCAAGUUAGCCGAAAUGUACGUAGGAGACGACGGGGAACCUGGAACCACGCCGAAGAGAAAUAUAACAUGGACUUCUCAGUUUGUCGAUAGGCUACUUACGGGUUACGAUAAACGCAUGCGACCAAACUUUGAAGGAGACACCGUUCGAGUCAACGUAGACCUAUUCAUUAUUCGUAUCGAUAACAUCGCUGAAGUCACAAUGGAUUUCGACACUAGCAUGUUUCUUCGCCAACAAUGGAAUGAUCCUCGCCUCCGGUACAACGAAAGCAUCACGAACAUACCGCCAUCAGGAACCCUCCUCGACAAGAUAUGGCUACCGGACUUGUUCUUUUUCAACGAGAAGGACUCGCACUUUCACGAUAUCACCACAGACAAUGUUCUAGUGAGGUUUGCCGGAAAUGGCGACGUGCUUUACAGUAUGAGACUCUCCGUCAAGGUAUCCUGUAACAUGGACUUUUCCCGGUUCCCCAUGGACAAGCAGUAUUGUGGAAUGCAACUAGAAUCUUAUGGUUACACGGCGGAAGAGCUUCUCUUUCUAUGGAAACCAGAGGGGCCAUUACAAAUGCCGGAACAUACCCGACAUCUACAGCAGUACUUUGUCUCUGAAACAGAAUUGCUUCGUUGUGACAAGCUCUACUACACAGGUAACUUUUCCUGCAUCGAGGUGGACUUUACAUUCACACGACUUCUGGGCUAUUAUUGGAUCAGCUACUACGUUCCCAGCAUGCUAUUGGUCAUACUAUCAUGGGUAUCGUUUUGGAUUAAUCCGCUAGCCUCCCCAGCUCGCGUGGCUCUUGGAGUGACCAUUGUACUGACCGUGACAACCCAGGCCAUCAGCGUGCACUCCAUUCUACCUAAGGUUUCCUACGUAACGGCUAUAGACGUCUGGAUGUUGGUUUGUUUGAUGUUUGUUGUUGCUUCUUUACUCGAGUACGCCAUGGUCCACCAUCUCAUUACGUUGGACGAAUACAAUAACGACAGCAUUUGUAAGAUAUUAUACAAAAAGAUUCUGAGGAGGAAAAACAGAAAAAGAGCACAGCAGCGUAUGAACCAACAUGAAAUGCAGACUUUGAACUUGCGCGCGCCUAAUUCCACAUCAGAGAAGGACAUAGAAAAACAGAGAAUAAACACACGCAGGAAGCGUCAUGGCAUUUACGUUGACCGCUGUUCCAGACUUCUCUUCCCGGUCUGCUUUCUUAUCUUUAAUAUGAUCUACUGGCCGUCUCUUCUCAUGGAUGAAAAGAGACAACGUAACGAGUUUCUUUGA